AUGGCAGGACAAGGCCAAGUAUUGAAGACCAAAAGCCAACCUAAAGUUGAUAUCCUGGAAAGGGGGGAAAUAUUCUUCUUUUACAGGCCUAAAGUGGACAAAGAAGGAGCACACAGCCCUGAUGAUGUGCAGAGGUUGUACAUAGUUCUCCGGCCGGAGUCCGGCCAGAGGCCCGUUGAAGAGAAGCAAGACCCACAUUCCGGUAAGGAAGGUGCCAAAAUGGUAUCCAAAAAAGCAGCCGGCAGUACUUCUGGGAAGGAAGGUGCAAGUGAAGGUGGACAUGGAAGCGCGGUAGUCAAUAUAGAGAAGCAACCUUUGCUACGCCUCCUCAUCAUAGGACGAAAACGCCUUCCAGACCCAAGCAAGAAAAGACAACCUUAUUGGAGUUUUGUGGAGUUUGUCACCACCAGAAUUGAAGAUGUGAAAGCUGCUCUUCAAGGAGGACGCCGCCGUAUUCCUCCUGCCAGAGCUAUAGGGGAAGGCAUCUACUGCAUAGUAAGGCACUAUCCAAGCAAACAAGCACACACUCACUUGGUGUACAAGCUUGAAUUUCCAGCAGAAGAUGAGAAAAAUGAGCCCCAGGAGGCACUUAACAUCAAACGCGAAGGCUCGUUUAUCAUACAAAUAAAGAACCCAGAUCAACAUGGAACUUCGCAGUCCAUAGGGAUUCAGAACAAGCGGAAGGCCGCGUUUCCGGCUCACUUGCAGGAGCGUUUCGGGCAUCGACGGUGGCAUCUGGCCGAUCCGCCUGACUUUCUGAACUAUGAAGGAUGCGAGCUCAUGCUCAUCUCAGCUUCGGAUGACAUUGAAGAUGAGCUUGGGUUGGAGCUGAAGACUGAAGGAGAACAUGAGCCGUCUUGUUCGGACUUGUUGAGAACUUUUGGUGAGGAUGUAUCUACUCGUCCCCUUCUUAGGGGCACUUGGGCUUGA